UGGGGCAUCGCAGUGCUCCGCGGCGCCCGUCGUGUUCAGUUCCGUUCCUCCAGCAGCCACCGGCAGCCACCGCGAUGAAGACCGCCACCGCCCUCGCCGCCGCGGCCCUGCUCGCCGUCCUCGCCCUGGCCCACGCCCAGAAGCCCCUGCCCUCCUACAUCAAGGUGUGCAAGAGGAACAACCCGAACCUCAAUGACUGCAUCAGGGACUCGAUCGAGAACCUCAGGCCGCAGCUCAAGGCUGGAAUCCCCGAGCUGGACGUGCCCGCCAUGGAGCCGCUGCACCUCCGCGAGAUCAACGUGACCCCGGUGCAGAACAGCCGCCUGCCCCGGUUCAAGGCCCUGGGCCACAACGUGGACGCGCGCGGCGUCAGCGACUUCAAGAUCCACAAGAUCGAGACCGACCUGGCCACCAACACCUUCCGCGCCAGCAUCGAGAUCCCCGCCAUCCGGUUCACCGGGGAGUACGAGGUGAACGUCAACGUGCUGGCCCUGCCCAUCAAGACCCGCGGGCCCAUGACCGGCAACACGACCGACGUGUACGGCGAGGCGACCAUGGUGGGCCGCAUCGAGGAGCGCAACGGCCAGCGCUUCAUCAAGUUCGACAAGCUGGACCUGGACGUGGCGCUGUCCAACUACCAGAUCUACCUCGGCAACCUGUUCGGCAACGACCCCGUGCUCAGCGAGUCUGUGAACCAGGCCAUCAACGCCAACAACAAGGACUUCGUGAAAGUGAUCAAGCCCAUCAUCGAGGCGACGGCGUCCAAGAUGCUGCUGGAGGUGGCCAACAGGAUCACGGAGAACUUCACCUACGACCAGCUGUUCCCCGAAAACUAAGCGCGGUAGGCAAUCUGCCGAACCCGUCGCGACGCUCCUCUUUGCCACAGCAUAAGGCAGCUCAUUUUACUAAACUCGUGUCUUAGCUAAAUUUUGAAGAAAAAGUGAGGAUUUUACAAAUGUUCUGCAGAGCAGGCGCCUGGCAGCUCACUGACUGAAAAGCAGACAUUUUGUAAAUAUAAAAAUGCAUCAUAUGUAUUUUUAAAAUGAACGAUGAGACAACGAAAGUUGAUUGUUGUUUUUCAGAAUGUUAAGGCUAUGUAUGUAAUAAGCAAAGAACCUUGACUAGAAUCAUUCUGUGAUGACCUCUUACCUUAGUUCCAAAGAUAAUUCUUUUCUUUUUUUUUAAUUGGAGGAUUUUAGUAAUUUAGAGUAUUUGUGAAUUUUCAGGAAUAACUUUAAAAGACGAUACAUAUUGUUUUACUUGUUCUUAAACCAAUUGGAUUAUGUGAAUUGCUCAAUAAACUCCACCAUAGUUGGAAAUACAAACCGAA